AUGCUUCGCUGGCAGUCGUUAGGUCGACUUACAGGCUUAUAUAAGGUAUGUUAUUUUUACAGUCUUGAUUUAUGUGUUUAGAAUGUUUUUACAUCGGUAAGACCAAGUUCGGCUGCUGCGGAGGCAGUUGAAGAUACUUUAAUUAGGCCUAACAACAAGAUCAGGAAUAUAGGUAUAUCAGCUCACAUAGAUUCUGGAAAGACGACGGUUACUGAGAGAAUUCUUUUUUACGCCGGCAGAAUCAAUUCCAUGCAUGAAGUCAGGGGAAAGGACGAUGUCGGAGCUACAAUGGACUUCAUGGAGUUGGAGAAACAAAGAGGAAUUACCAUUCAGUCAGCUGCUACAUAUGUGGAUUGGCACGGAACUAAUAUCAACAUUAUUGACACACCCGGUAACAAUAUUUUUUUAAAUUUUAUCUUGAUUUUUAGGUAUUAAUAUUAAUGUUUUUUGUUAGAGAAUGAAAGCUGUGAUAUAACUUUCGUUUCUUCAGGUCACGUUGACUUCACAGUUGAAGUUGAACGAGCUUUGAGAGUCUUGGACGGUGCUGUUCUUGUUUUAUGUGGCGUGGGAGGAGUUCAAUCACAAACUUUUACAGUAAACAGACAACUUAAUCGGUAUCAAGUACCUUUCUUAACGUUUGUCAACAAGUUAGAUCGUACUGGAGCAGAUCCGCGAAGAGCACGAGAAGGUCUUCGUAGUAAACUGAACCAUAAUGCAGCGUUUAUUCAGAUGCCAAUUGGCAUGGAAAGCAACUUUAAGGGCGUUGUUGACCUGGUUGAAGAGAAUGCCAUCUAUUAUGAAGGACAAGAUGGUUUGGUUGUGAGAAGAGAUGAGAUUCCGAAAGAACUGAGGACAGAAGCACAUGAUUUGCGACAAGAAAUGAUAGGUAUGGUGUGAUGAAAGUUUAGUUUAUUGUUUAGAAUACUUGGCCAAUGCUGACGAGGUCAUUGGUGAUCAGUUUUUGAACGAAAUCAAUCCAACUGUUGAUGAUCUUCAUGCUGCUAUACGAAGGUCUACGAUAGCCAGGUCUUUCGUGCCUAUUAUGAUGGGUACUGCCUUGAAGAAUAAGGGUGUUCAGACCAUGAUCGACAAUGUUGUUAGGUACCUACCUGAUCCGUCUGAAGUUGUAAAUAAAGGAAAUGUUGCAAAGUAAGUGGUUUACGAGGAAUAUUUUGAUACAACUUUAGUACUUUUAUAUUUAUGGUGACGUUAUACUCACUUCAGAGAAGAUGAUUCAGUAGAACCGAUCGUUUUCGAUUCGUUACGGUCUACCAAUGCUGCUAAACCUUUUGUGGGUCUUGCUUUUAAAUUAGAGGUGAGUUUUUGCUUAAGGAUUGGUAGUGUUAUCUAUGGAAUGUUGCCUUUUAAUAGAGUUUUUUUUUGUUCUUAUAGGCUGGUCAAUAUGGCCAAUUGACGUACUUCCGUGUCUACCAGGGAAAACUUUCCCGUGGGGAUAUUAUCCAUGCUACUCGUGAUAGAAGAAAAGUUCGAGUUCAGAGGCUGGUCAGAAUGCACGCAAGUUCUAUGGAGGACAUUGAAACUGCUUAUGCUGGCGAUAUCUGUGCUACAUUCGGGUUGGAUUGUCACUCCGGAGAAACAUUCUGUGGCGAUGAAAAGCUUAACGUUCAUUGUGUAAGUUUGACCACGUAUAUCUUAAUGUUGUAGUACUAGUCUAGUACACUAUUUUCCUUAAAAUAGUGUUUAAAAUUUAUGAAAAAUUUAGUAAAGCUUAUUAUAUAAAAAUUUUUAGGAAUCGAUGCAUGUUCCUGAACCUGUGAUAUCGAUGUCGAUAAAGCCUCUGAACAGAAAGGACGGUGACAACUUCGUCAAAGCUUUGACUCGUUUUACAAAAGAAGACCCGACUUUCAGAAGAGAGUACAACGCCGAACAUAAGGAAACUGUAGUACGAGGAAUGGGAGAGUUGCACUUAGUAAGAUUUUAAAAUAAUUUCUUGUCAUAGUUUACACUUUUCAACAGUAGGCGAUUCUACAGUAUUGUCAACCUUGUUAUAACUAUAAACUUGUAUUUUUGCAGGAAAUCUACGCUCAACGUAUGAAGAACGAGUACAACUGCCCCGUCGAAUUGGGAAAACCGACCGUUGCUUACCGUGAAUGUUUAGCAAAACCGUACGAGUUCCACUUCCGUCACAAGAAACAAACUGGAGGCCAAGGUCAGUUUGGUGAGAUUCACGGUGUCAUCGAACAGCUCCCACCAGAAAAGUACACUCAAGUUGAGUUCUCAGACGAGACCUACGGUAACGGUAUUCCCAAGAAUCUACUGCCAGCUCUUAAGAAGGGUUUGGAUCAAAUUGUACAAGAAGGUCCUCUUAUCAAGGCUCAAGUGGCAGGAAUCCACGUCAGAGUGCAGGAAGGAGCAACACACGCUGUGGAUUCGACAGAAAUCGCCAUGAUCAACACCAUGAUGAACAUGAUGAGAGAAGCCUACGAGGAAGGCAGUUGGUUGUUGCUGGAACCUAUCAUGAAGAUCGAUGUCACUACACCUAUGGAAUACCAAGGAGCUGUCACUAACUCCCUCAGUCAACGGAAGGCCAUCAUUUCCACCACUGAUUCCACCGAUGGCUUCGCUACGAUUUCAGCUGAAGCACCUUUAAGUGACAUGUUCGGCUACAUGACAGCGUUACGGUCGAUUACACAAGGGAAGGGCGAGUUUACUAUGGAAUACUCCAAGUAUGCUCCGACCACAGAAGAAGACCAAGAAAAGAUUAUAUACGACUGGAAGGUCGCUAAUGGGCUAAUCGACCCCAACGAGAAGCCCAAGAAGAAGCGACGUUGA